AUGUCUCUAAACAAGAAAUACGCCAAUCUACCUGAUCUGGAUCUUGCACCAGAUGUGUACGAAACCCCAGACUUGACCGAUGGCGCAUCCACAGUUCCAACAGCUACUAUACGCACAAAUUCCGACUCUGACGACGAAUCCAACCCCGAUAUUGACCGCAACAACCUAAACACAGACGAAGCAAGGUUACAUUUCCUUCGCGCCAGCGGCGUCAGUGCGCGCGAAGUUGACUUUUCCGACACAAUUGCCACUAAGCGAAAAGCAUAUAAAUCGCGUUCGGGACAUAGGAGACGCCGCAGUGUUGGCGGAACCGAGGAGAUAGGGGAUAUCAGUGACAGCGAUGCGGACGGUCAGGAAUCGUUCGAGCGGAAGUUAGCUCGACUCAGGCGGGAAACGGAGGAGCUGAAAGCGGAACUUCAGAAGAGAGACCAAGCUGGACAGAAGGAUGGGGUGGAGGAUGAAGAAACAGAAGAAGAAGAUGAUGAUUAUGAUGGGAUUAAUGAACUCAGCAAGGCCCUGGAUAGCAUUCAUAGCUCGUCUACUCGUGCUGACAAAACAUCGGACGCUAUUCUUUCGCGCAAACUAGCAGCGGCUGUUAACAUAUCGAGCAAGGACACAAACACAACAACAACAGAGAAGAAGGCAUCACCGCCUACAUUGACACCAACACCAUCCUCAUCCGGCCUCCUUGAACAUGCAGCGUCGUUCGAUACCCGGCUCACACUGAUGGAAGCCGCAUUGGGCAUCUCGAGCGGUUCGAAUCCAUUCUUUGCGGCAAAAGACACCCAGCCGCAACUGCAACCCGUACUACCUGCCCUCGAACACCUCACAUCUCAAAUUACGGCCUUGACAGGCACCCUCAGCAGACCAACCGCCUCAUCCACCGCUGCUCCGGCCACAACAACCGCACAACUCGAAUCAUUAUCCUCGCGGAUCAAACGACUCACUGCCGACGCUGAAAAUCUAGCCAACGCACGACGCCGCGCCAGCGAAGUCGCUGCCAGAGCUCAACCUGACUCCCCAUCCGGCGACGCCUUUGCAUCCGCAUCACCUUCUUCUGGUGCGACAGAAGUCAACAACGCAGAUCCGAUAGCACGCACCCAACGAGACGAACAAGCAUCCAAGAUACAAGCUCUCUACGCAACUAUACCGACUAUCCAAUCCCUCCACCCUCUCCUCCCAAGUGUCCUGGAACGCCUCCGCUCCCUCCGCGCCAUCCACGCUGGCGCAGCACAAGCCAGCGAAACCCUAGACGCACUCGAGAAAGACCAAGCAGAAAUGAGUAAAGAGAUAGAACAAUGGCGCGAAGGAUUGAGAGUUGUCGAAGAAAAAGUCCGAGAAAGUGAGGUUUCUAUGAGGAAGAAUAUUGAAUAUGUUGGACCGUGGGUGGAUGAUCUGAAGAAGAGGAUGGAUAGGUUGGAGAAGCAGUUUUGA